UGAGCUCUGUGGGAGGAUCCUCGCUUUAUUUUGUUUUGGCGUGGAGAUAUCCGUUUUUCAAUAGAUUCUCGACCCUUUUAUAAAGUAUUUUAAAAGAUGUCCUCGCCCCUGUCGAAGCCUCAGAUCAUCGCACACAUUCAGAAGAGUCUGAACUACACGGUGUUCGACAGCAAAUGGAUUCCGUGCAGCGCCAAGUUUGUCUGCUUGGGGAACUUUGCCAGAGGAACAGGGGUGCUCCAAAUUUAUGAAGUUCAACACGGAGAGGCUCAGCUCAUAAAAGAGGUGGAGAAAGCUAAACCCAUAAAAUGUGGGACGUUUGGGGCCUCGUCUCUUCAACAAAGGCACAUAGCAACCGGAGAUUUUGAUGGGAAUCUCCACAUAUGGAAUCUGGAAGCGCCCGAUGUGCCGGUGUACACCACAAAGGCCCACAAAGAGAUCGUGAACAGCAUCGAUGGGGUUGGUGGCCUUGGAAUUGGUGACGGUGCUCCUGAGAUCGUCACAGGAAGUAGAGACGGGACAGUAAAGGUGUGGGAUCCCAGGCAGAAGGAUUUACCUGUGGCCAACAUGGAGCCUGUGGAAGGAGAGACCAAGAGGGACUGCUGGACUGUUGCCUUUGGUAAUGCCUUCAACGAUCAGGACCGAUGUGUGUGUGCCGGCUACGACAACGGCGACAUUAAACUCUUCGACCUGCGGAACAUGUCUCUACGAUGGGAAACCAACAUUAAAAACGGGGUAUGCUGUGUGGAGUUUGACAGGAAGGACAUCAACAUGAACAAACUGGUGGCCACCUCGCUGGAAGGAAAAUUCCACGUCUUCGACACGAGGACUCAGCACCCCACCAAGGGCUUCGCCUCCGUUUCCGAAAAGGCUCACAAAGCAACCAUCUGGCAGGUGAGGCAUUUGCCCCAGAACAGAGACAUCUUUAUGACUGCAGGGGGAGCAGGAAACCUACAUCUGUGGAAGUAUGAGUACCCCGCACAGAGAAGCAAGAAGGACUCUGACGGAGCGGAUGUGGGCGUCGCCGGGUCGGUCAACCUCCUGCAGAACGCCACUCUGUCCACUCAGCCAAUCGCCAGCCUGGACUGGAGCCCCGACAAGCAGGGCCUCUGCGUGUGUUCGGGUUUCGACCAGACCGUCCGCGUGCUCAUCGUCACCAAACUCAACGUGGCGUAACGGAAGCUGCCGGGAAGAUCAAGAAGGAGCGUUUCCAUCCAUUCGCCGGUUUUGGGAAUCGGAUACGUUUAGAUGCGCAGACAAAUAUCUGAAUUCAAAUACAGGGUGAAGAAAUUACUUAUACACCUGCAUGUCAAGGUGCAGAUUUAUUCUCGCUAAAAUUCCCGUCUUUCAUGUACAUUUUGUUAGGUCUGUGUUCUAACAUGACUUUUUUUUUUUUAACAAUGAAAACUGUUUCUAGAUUAAAAGUGUUCUU